AUGAGUCUCACCAAUGGUAGUGAAUCAUAUCAUGACUGUAAAGAUGGGAGAUUCAAAAACAGACUGCAGCUGGACAUCACAACUGGAUCUCUCACCGUCAACAUCAUCAGAAAAAUUCACUCGGGACAGUUUAACGUAAAAAUCAUUAAGUCUUUUCGCGUCUUUGACUGCCAGAAUUAUAAAGUUACUGUCCAACCGUAUCUUCAUGAUCCUGUCAUCACCAGAAACUCUUCCAAAUGUUCAACUUCAAACAUAUCAAAAUGUGACGUGACAUGUUCAGAGGUGAAUGUGACACAUGCGAGUCUCUCCUGGUACGAAGAAAACAGUUUGAUCUCCAUCACCAGUGUGUUUAAACUGAACACCACCAACAUAACUUUGUGUCUGGAGGUGGAAUAUCAGGAUCCAAACAACUACAGCUGUGUGGUGAACAACUCGUUCACCAACAGAACUGCACAACUCAACAUCAAUGAAAUAUGUAGAGAUCAACAGAAUAAUCUGCCUUAUCUUGGUUUUCUUCUUCUUGUUCCUGCUGUUAUUCUUUGCCUGAUCUAUUGCUACCGGAGAAAUAAAUGUAAAAAAGGCGAGUUUCACCAAAAAGCAUAA